AUGAAAUGUAAACUACAGCAGCUAGCAGGUCAGCCAGACCGGUUAGAGAGCAUCGGGGACCAGUGCGCCUGGCCUCGGCGACCACGCGGGUGGGUGCCUCUGCUCCCCGUUUGUCUCUUCUCCAUCAUUCCUCCACAUGCAGCCGCCACCAGUCCACAAAGACAUGACCAUCAAUCCUGGCCCCUGGCACCCAUACUGGCCUCGACACCUAAGGCUGGACAACUUUGUGCCCAACGACUACCCCACUUCGCAUGUCCUGGCUGCCCUCUUCUCCUCCACAAGCAUCUUACUUGUCACCACAUGGCUGCUGACGGGUCGUACUGCUGUCACUCCACUUGGGACUUGGCGGCGACUGUCCUUGUGCUGGUUUGCAGUGUGUGCGUUCAUCCACUUGGUGAUUGAGGGUUGGUUUGCCCUCUUCCACAAGGUGCUUCUUGGAGACCAAGCCUUCUUGUCCCAACUCUGGAAAGAGUAUGCCAAGGGAGACAGCCGCUAUAUCUUGAGUGACAGCUUCAUAGUGAGCAUGGAGACCCUCACGGCUUGUCUCUGGGGCCCUCUCUCCAUGUGGAUAGUGAUCGCCUUCAUCAGGCAGCAGCCUCUCCGCUUUGUGCUACAGCUCGUGGUCUCAGCGGGACAGAUCUAUGGGGAUUGCCUCUACUUCAUGACAGAGUAUCUCCAUGGGUUCCAGCAUGGGGAGAUGGACCACCCACUGUAUUUCUGGUUUUACUUUGUCUUCCUGAAUGGCAUUUGGUUGGUGGUGCCCGGAGUCCACGUGAUUGACUCAGUGAAGCAUCUGGCUCGUGCCCAGAGCACAGUGGAUGCCAGAACCUCCAAAGCCAAGAAGAAACACAACUAAGAAGCAGUAGGGCUAGGUUUGCCCACUGACAGCUAAGGACGGUCACAAGAGGCCAGUCCUAUCCCCACAGGUCAGAAGGACAAAGCCAAAUCGGGUUCUGAAAAUCAGACAAGUAACCAGGCAUGAAAGAACCAAAGGCAGAGGGAAGAAAGGAAUUAUGUUAGCUGCUUGCCGUCUGCAGACAUUCUGACAGAGGCACAAGUAAACCCAGGAGGCCCAUGACGGUGCCGAUUUUUAACUUCAGGAAAUAAAAGAUCUUGAUUCUUAA